UGAGAAACUAAAUAUUGCUUGCGUGGAGUUUUGACGAAGAAAAGAAAAAAGAGAUAACUUUCUUUAAUUUCGCAAGUUUACGGAUUCUUGCUUUUGUAAUGAAUGAUUUAAAUCAUUCAUUCUAAAAUAAUAAUUAUAGUAUAACAAAAUUGGAUAAAUUAUGGACAAACAAAAUUCUAAUACAUUUUUGUGUAAUGAUGAUUGGAUACAGGACGAGUCUUUUCUCGAUUCUAUAUUUUCUAUGGAAAAUGAAUUGUUGAACACAUCAGAUUUUGGGGCUCAACCAAAUGAUCUUAUCGAAAACAUGUUAAAUUUUAGUGAUCCUCCGAUGUUUAAUUGCGCCGAAAACUUUAAGAAUGAACCAAUAUUUUCCUCUGGAGCUUCAGAUAGCGGAUUGUCUAGUGAUAAUUUGGACUUGGACAUAAAUAAUGACUUGGAUAUUUUGAAUUCUUGCUUGCCUUCUCCACGAAAUUAUAGUCAGGAAAAGUCAGAAAUAAUUGACAGAAUGGAAACUAUGAACACUUCUAAUGAGACAGCUCCUUUGAAGCGAAGUGCAAGAAGUAGCAGAAACAACAGUAAAUUUGGAUCAUUGACUUUAAAAAACGUGAAUAACAACAAUAAGAAAGGCAAUCAAAAGCUUUUGCAUUUCAAAAAUGUCAACAAUAAGUCUCGUUCUAUUAUCGUACCAGUUUCAUCGAAAAAUAUAAAAGAUUUUCAUUCGAUUAAAAUUGUUAAUACAGGAUCACUACAAUUUAAAGGUGCUAACAUAAAAGCGGUUGCUGCAAAUUUAUUACAAAAAUCAAAACAAGGCUUAUUGCAGAAGAACAUUUUGAUACCGAAACAAAAAGUUGAAUGUAAUGAAAUGGAAGACGAUGAUGACGAAAAUAUGUUAAAUUUUGACGACAUAAUGCAAGAAUCUGAUGAGGUUAUUGCAGCGCAUGAAGAUGACGAUGAUGACAUGUCAUCUGUAGAAAGUUGCAGCUCUGGUUAUCCAAAGCUUCUUCUUACCAACGAAGAGAAACGAUUACUAUCAAAAGAAGGCAUCACAUUACCAACAAGUUAUCCACUAACAAAACAUGAAGAACGAGAAUUGAAAAGAAUUCGUCGUAAAAUUCGUAACAAAAUUUCUGCACAAGAUUCCCGAAAACGAAAGAAGGAAUACAUCGAUGGUCUUGAAGAGAGGGUGAAGCAAUGCUCUGAAGAAAAUCAACACUUGAUUAAACGCAUUAAAGUUCUCCAAAAUCAAAAUCAUGACCUCAUGUCAAAAAUGAAAAAGCUUCAGAAUUUGUUAACGAAAAGCACCGGAAAGUCGGCCCAACCAGCAACAUGCUUAAUGAUUCUUCUGUUGUCAAUGGCACUCGUGGCAUUACCAAACAUUAAUUUGAAUAAAAAUACCUUAAAUGCCAAUGAUUUAGUCACCGCAUCAUUUGGUGAUCAACAAAACCGAAGAAAUUUAUUAUUUGAUUUGAAAUCAGAAUUAGAAGACAUGGAUUCAGAGGAUUCCUUGAUGUAUGUUUCAAACGAGCAUGAUUAUGUUGAGAACGUUUAUAAGUAUGUCUUUCAACUGUCUUCAGAAGCAUCUUCGCUUACAUUACCUUCAACGAAGAGCUCAAAAAUGCUUAUUGAUUAUGACAUCGAUUCAAUAGAUGAAUGGGAACAAAAAAAACGUUCUGAGAAUGGAAAUCUUAUUAUUUACAAUGAUGGUACUACGCAGAAGUCAAAGAUAACAGUAAGUAAGGAUCUUUUUGAUAUUGGUUCCACACAAGCAACGCUGAAUAAAACGCAAAGUCAAAAUGAACUCAACGAAUCACAUAAAAUUUUGGCUCAAAAUAUAAUCAACCUUGCAUCUGCAACGCCUCUUCAAAAAUCUAGCACUUCUUAACUGACCACAUUCUUCAAAAUAUUUACAUUUAAUGUUUAAUAAAUACUAGAGUUUAAUACAUAUUUUAUUAUGAAAUAUUUUCAGUUAAAAAAGAUGAAAAGUGAAACUUCUGUAGAAUUAUUGUUUGUAUCUAAAUAAUUAUUGCUUAAGAAGAUUUAAUAUAUAUUUGAUAACUUUUGAUUCAAUUAGAUAUGCUGAAUGAGUUUACAAAUUCUCUUGAACAUUUAUCAUACUUAGUAUUUGUCCUUUUAUUGUUAGCUUAUUAAAUCACAAAGUUAAAAUAUCGUUUAGAAUUAUAUUGGUGCGAUGUUAGUAUAGCUAAGUUCAUAGAUAUGAUGAUCAUAGAUAUCUCAUCGCAGAAAUGUCUAAUUUGAACUAUCUAAAAGUGAAGUAGAGAAAUACGAAGAUAAAUUGAAUGUGGUACGGGCCAACUUCUCUUAAAAGAGAAGAUUUCAAAACUAUUCACGGGCAGUUCUAUAUGGAACUGACAAUGAUUUCAACUUUAAUUGUUAUUGAUGAAUCAUGUUUCAUAUUCAUUGAUAAAUCUUCGAUAUUUUCUACGUCAUUUCAUAAUAUAUUCCCUUAUUUUAAAAAGAAAUUAUAAAGUAAGAAUAAAUUUUUGUAGAAGCUAUUUUGGAUUAAUUGUUCUGUAUCCUGUAACAUUUAAGUGAAACUUUAUGAAAUGCAUCCAAUAAUAAUAUAAAUAAAAUAAAACCAAUUUUCAUUUGUUUAAACUUAAA